UCUGCGUGUUGUCCACUGGAUGUGUCUCCUUCCAGGAUCCCGGAUGGCGUGUUGAUUCCCCAAGGAUGUGGGCCGAGUGCUAGACCUUGUGACAGCAGAAGGUCUGGACCCCCAACUCAGAGUGCUCAGACCCCCAAGACUCCCUGCCAGCUUCACCAUGGCAGCCCAGAAUGGAAACACUAGUUUUGCAGCCAACUUCAAUCCACCCCAAGACCAUGCUUCUUCCCUCCCCUUCAACUUCAGUUAUGGUGAUUACGACCUCCCUCUGGAUGAGGAGGAGGACAUGACCAAGACUCGGACGUUCUUUGCAGCCAAGAUUGUCAUCGGUGUGGCGCUGGCAGGCAUCAUGCUGGUUUGUGGCGUUGGCAAUUUUGUCUUUAUUGCUGCCCUCGCCCGCUAUAAGAAGCUGCGCAACCUCACCAACCUGCUCAUUGCUAACCUGGCCAUUUCCGACUUCCUGGUAGCCAUCAUCUGCUGCCCCUUUGAGAUGGACUACUAUGUGGUACGCCAGCUCUCUUGGGAGCACGGCCACGUGCUCUGUGCCUCCAUCAACUACCUGCGUACUGUCUCACUCUAUGUCUCCACCAAUGCCCUACUGGCCAUCGCCAUCGACAGGUAUCUCGCUAUCGUUCACCCCUUGAAACCACGGAUGAAUUAUCAAACGGCCUCCUUCCUGAUCGCUUUGGUCUGGAUGGUGUCCAUUCUCAUCGCCAUCCCGUCAGCCUACUUUGCAACAGAAACUGUCCUCUUUAUCGUCAAAAGCCAGGAAAAGAUCUUCUGCGGUCAGAUCUGGCCCGUGGACCAGCAGCUCUACUAUAAGUCUUACUCCCUCUUCAUCUUCAGCAUCGAGUUCGUGGUCCCUGUGGUCACCAUGACCCUGUGCUACGCCAGGAUCUCGCAGGAGCUGUGGUUCAAGGCGGUCCCUGGUGUCCAGACGGAGCAGAUCCGGAAGCGGCUGCGCUGCCGCCGGAAGACGGUGCUGGUGCUCAUGGGCAUCCUCACGGCCUACGUGCUGUGCUGGGCGCCGUUCUACGGCUUCACCAUCGUGCGCGACUUCUUCCCCACCGUGUUCGUGAAGGAGAAGCACUACCUCACCGCCUUCUACGUCGUCGAGUGCAUCGCCAUGAGCAACAGCAUGAUCAACACCAUUUGCUUCGUGACCGUCAAGAACAACAGCAUGAAGUACUUCAAGAAGAUGAUGCUGCUCCACUGGCGUCCCUCCCACCACGGGAGCAAGUCCAGCGCCGACCUCGACCUCAAAACCAGCGGCAUGCCGGCCACAGAAGAGGUGGACUGUAUCAGGCUGAAGUGACCCACUGGUGUUUCACAACUGAAAAUCCAAAAGCCAGUACUCAGAGCACAAUUCACCAAUAACCAAGUUCACAGGCUCCACAGGGAAAGGGUGACUGUCUUUACACCUCACUGCCCUCAAGGAGCUGGAUGCUUCUUGGUCAUAACACGCAAUGAGACUAGACGCAAACCGCAGCAGCUAACAUUUACUGAUAUCUGCUCAACACCUACUGUGUGCAAGCCACACCAAUGAGGUUAGACAAGGGCAACAGGAGCUGACAUUUACUAAUGACCUACUGUGUGCAAAAACGUUAAAAUAACAAAACAAAAUGGUGGAAGCUAUGAGAGUCACCAAGCUGUAUCCAGAUGUGUAGAUGGUCAGACAGAAGCCACAAAUGGUAUCUGGACUCAUUCCUCAUCUUCCCUCAUUCUAUAUCUUGUCAGUGCAGGGAUGGCAAAAGGCCAUAGAAUAAGGCACUUAGACAGGAUGGAAUAGUAAGCAUAAGUUCAUCAGAGUGUAGGGUUUACAGCCUCAUGGGAAGAGAGUUCAUGCCAUCACAUUGAGCUUUCCCACCCAGCUCCUACUACCUCCCUAGGACAUUCUCUAGGAUUCUGGCUGCCAGAAAAGAAUUUUUUUUCAUACCAGGUCAUUGGUUAUCUAUAAUGGUGCAAUUUCAAAGGAAAGAACCAAAAAAUCUCUUUUCCACUGAUGCUUGAAAGCUCAUCAUUCUUUUGGGUGAAGACAGACAAUCCUGAAAUGAGGAACACAUCCAGUUCCUGACACUUUAAUGUAAAGGAUUUCAGGGGCUCUAGUGUCAGGGAGGAAGGGGAGAGGGAAAGGGGUGGAGCUUGCCAAUGGCAAUGAACAUAAUCUGUUUGGCCAUUUUGCUAAGUCCUGGACCACUUUUCUAGAACAUGCCCUCUUUUGCAAAGAUGAGCUCUACUUGGAAUCCAAAGACCUGGGUUUAAGUCCUAACUCUCAGAUUCAUGUGACCUAGAUGUUUACUUCCUCUGCAUCUCAGUUUUGCUUCAGUGGAAUAGGGAUGAUGAAAAUAUCUUCUCUGCCUACGUUACAGGACUGU